AAGCUAAGCGUCAAACUAUAAAAGCUAAAGCUGAGCGUCAAACUAGACUAGCUACAGCUGAGCGUCAAACUAGACCGGCAACAGUUGAGCGUCAUUCUUGACUAGCUGAGGCUGAGCGUCCAACUAGACUAGCUAAAUCUGAGCGUCAAUUCAUAAUGACUUCAAUAUUUAUCUGAUUGAGUACCCACUCGCUGAACAACAUGAAACAUCAGUGACUCCAUCUCACGUUAUUUCAUUUUAAAACCUCACAAUACUUCUAUUAAAAGCAAUUGAUUAAUUUAAAAUCAUGAAAAAUUUUUGCUACAAUUCUCUCAAAAUAGCCCCGAACAUAAUCUCAGUUUAUCACAAAUCAUCACAAAAUGAAGUCAAUUGUGAUUGUUAUCAUUUAUAUUAUCUCAUCGUGCAGCGCAUAUGGUGAAUUCAAGAACAUUUCAAUGAAAUGCAUUUCAAUGUCAGGAGAGCGUCGGACUCACUUUAACAUGACAAAAUAUACGCAGAAUAUGCAGUGCGAGUUUGUCGAGGAAAUUGGCGAAAGUGACAUAACUGUGGUGACUUCAAUCAUCGGAAUUGGAAAUUAUCAAAAUUUAUCAAUUAAUUUGGCAUUUGUUUAUAAUGAAUUUGCAUUCCCGCAACUCAUGCCAGUCGGAAUUGGACGGCAAGUUCAAAAGAAUUCAGGACAACGACUCAAGUCGCUCAGCAUCAUGCGUCAGCAUUUUUUAAAGACAAUAAAGAGGGAAAAUUUUGCAAAUAUGACGUACUUGGAGCGACUUGUGUUGCGCAAUACACAAAUUGAGGACAUUCCAUAUGACACAUUCCAUGACUUGUUAAACUUAAAGUCCCUCGACAUACAGUGGAAUAAAAUUCAUCAACUUCACUCAGACGUUCUCGUGACGAUGCCAAAAUUAGAAAUUUUAUUGCUCAAUUAUAAUCCAAUUGAGGUCAUUGAAGCUGGAGUUUUACGAUUUAAUAUCAAUUUGAAGGAGAUUGAGUUGCAUUUUGAUAAUUUGAAGAAUGUCAAGGUUGACUUUACGAAAUUUGCUAAAUUAAAGCGAAUUGAACUGGGCUCGGUGAAGACAAAAUGUAAAAUUAGGGAAGUUUUCUAUGCAAAGGAUUCAAAUGAGAGGACCAGGAAGAUUGGGGACUUCCAGAAGAAGGUGAGGGAACUGUGCAGAAUUGAUUGAA